GGUAAAAAGCACAUCUUUCCUCUUUGUUCAUCCAGUCCUCUUCUUUACAAGUUCUUCGUUUCUCGAUUUCUUUGGGCGCUUAGCCAAAAUGCGGCUACCACUUGUAUGGGGGUUGGUCUCCCUGUUGGCCAUCCUUCCAAAUAGCGUAUUGGCCUCCGUCCUGGCUAUCGACUAUGGCGCAGAAUUUAUUACCGCUUCGCUAAUGAAGCCUGGUCUUCCUUUCGACGUUCUCCUCAACAAGGAUUCGAAACGGAAAAUCCAGUCUUCAGUCGCAUGGAAGCGGGGAGACAGAGUGUUUGGUGCCGAUGCAGCCCAGGUGGCUACUCGAUUCCCAGAGGACUCGUACUCUUAUGUCAAGCUCCUCCAAGCCGCACCGCACAACUCGGAACCAGCACAAUAUUUUGCCAAAAUCUCGACCGCCAAACUCACAGAGUCCGUCCGGAAAACCGUGAACCUCGUCCGGAGCGACAACGAGGAGUUCAGCAGCGAGGAACUCAUCGCCAUGCAACUCGCAUACGUCAAGGCCCUCGCAGAGUCCGUCGCCGGCGAAAAGGUCAAGGACCUCAUCAUUACCGUGCCCGCCUACUACACCCAAUUCGAGCGAGACGCCAUGGCAGACGCUGUCGAGAUCGCCGACCUCAAACUCAUCGCCCUCAUUCACGACGGAACCGCCGCCGCCAUUAACUACGCCAUGACGCGCAACUUCCCCAAGGAGGAGACCCAUAUCAUCUACGACGUUGGCAGCUCGGGCACGCGCGCAACGAUUGCCUCCUUCAGCACUGUCACCGACAAGAACGGCUCGCCUAGUACGCAAAUCAGCAUUGGCGGCUACGGAUACGACAGGUCGAUUGGCGGUCUCGAGUUUGACAGGCGGAUACGGGAUAUUCUGGCUGACCUCUUCAACCAAAACUUCGCCAACGGGAAGGACGUGAGGAAGGAGAAGAAGGGUAUGGCUCGGCUAUGGAAGGAGGCACAGAGGGUUAAGCACAUCCUCAGUGCUAACACCGAUGUCAUGAGCCAGGUUGAGAGCGUCGCAUGGGAUAUCGACUUCAAGAGCAAGAUCGAAAGGUCGACGUUUGAGAACGCUUGCAAGGAUCUCCACCACAAGUGGACUCUGCCCAUUCAGGACGCUCUCGACAGCGCAGGACUUACCAUGGAAAACAUCACCUCUGUCAUUCUCCAUGGUGGAACUUCGCGUGUGCCCAUGGUCCAGGCCGCUGUCAAGAAAUUCGUCGGACCGGAGAAGAUUUCGCUGAACGUCAACGCUGAUGAAGCCGCUGUUCUUGGUGCUGCGCUUCACGGGGCAUCCCUCAGUCGCCAGUUCAAGACCAAGAACAUCAAGAUCUCCGAUAUCUUGGUCCACGACGUUCAGGCUUCUUACUUCGCCACCGCCAGCACCGCCAACACCCGUCCACGAAGCAUCACCUCUGUCCUCUUCCCUGCUGGCUCCAAACCCGGCACCAAGAAGACUUUGACUUUCAAGCGCAAGGAGGACUUUGAUAUCUUCUUUGACUAUAAGAGGACCCCAGCUAUUGGAUUCCCCACCCGCAUGUUGGAAGUUGGCAUUGAAGGCGUCUCAGAAGCCAUUGCCAACCUCACGGAACGCGGUGCCAUCGAUCCUGUCGUCAAAGCUACCGUUUCCCUCUCCGAGUCUGGAUUUAUCUCUGUCACGAAGGCGAUCGCCUACGGAGAGAUCAAGGACGAGAGUUUGUCUGGUAAAUUCAAAAGCCUCUUUGGUGGAUCCCCUUCUGAAGCAACCGUCGAUGACGCAGAAUCAGCAGAGCCACCCCGCGAGACCGAAAGCUCCUCUUCAAGCUCUUCAUCCGCCGCCUCCGAGUCCGAGUCUGCCACUAACGGCGACAAGAAGGAUAAGAAAGAGAAGAAGGAAGAGAAGAAGAAGCCCAACCCCGCUGACAACACCAUCGAGCUCAAGGUUGUUCCCAAGUUCACCACGAUCGCUCCUUUCACUUUGGAACAGAAGAGGGCCGCUCGUGCUCGACUCCGCGCUAUCGAUGCUGAGGAACUGGCCAAGACCCGUCGCGAGGAGGCGCGAAACACUUUCGAAACCUACCUCUACCGACUCCGUGACCUCCUCAAUGACGAGAGCGAGACACCUUUCAAGAAGUGCUCGCAACCUGAAGAGAGAGUCAAGAUCUCCGACUUGUUGGACGAAUCCUUCUCUUGGUUGAAUGACCGUGGUGAUUUGGCUGAGACUUCGCAAUUCUUGGAUAAGAGGAUCGCACUUGAGACCCUCGAGAAGCCCAUCAUCCACCGCUACAAGGAAAUCGAGGCCUUCCCUGAAGUCCUCAACAACUCGCAGCGAAUCAACUGGUCCACCCGCCUCUUCCUCCACGAGGCCCGCCAAAACCUCACGCACGAAAUUGAGAACGACCUCCCCUCCAAGUACACCCAGGAGGAACUGGACAGCCUCGAGAAGACGCUCAAGGAGCACGAGUCGUGGAUGGAGGAGUGGGUCCCGAAGCAGAGGAAAACCAAGAGCUAUGAGAACCCUGUCAUGGAGACUGCCGAGAUGAAGGCGAGGGCCAAGGUCCUCGAGGGUCAGCUGCAGAGGUUGUGGAAGAGGAAGGUACCAAAGGUGAUCAGGAAGAAGCCUCAGACGAGCUCGGCUGCAGAGCCAGAGUCGACACCGCCGGUGAAGGGAGAUGGUCAGGGUGAGCAGCAGGAACCGCUCAAGGAUGGCGAGGAUGGCGAACGGACUGAUCGCCCGACCGACGAGCUGUAG